ACGAAGGAAAAAUAUCAUAACAUCUCAGCAGCUUUCGUGUAUACUUUGCUCAUCUCCAAAAUCACACAAUUUCAAAUCGAUCUGCCUUUUUUCUUCUUCUCAAUGGCGGAUCGAGCCUCGUUUAGUUUGGCUCCCCGAUUAGAUAUUGAACAGAUAUUAGUGGAAGCCCAGCAUAGAUGGUUACGACCUGCUGAAAUCUGUGAAAUUCUUCGUAAUUAUCAGAAGUUUCUUCUUUCAUCAGAGCCUCCAACCAGACCCUCAGGUGGUUCACUUUUUCUUUUUGAUCGAAAGGUUUUAAGAUACUUUAGGAAGGAUGGACAUAAUUGGAGGAAGAAAAAAGAUGGAAAAACUGUGAAGGAAGCUCAUGAGAAGCUUAAGGUUGGAAGCAUUGAUGUGUUGCACUGCUACUACGCCCAUGGAGAAGAGAAUGAAAGCUUUCAAAGGCGCAGCUAUUGGAUGCUUGAACAGGAUUUGAUGCAUAUAGUUUUUGUGCACUACUUGGAAGUCAAGGGUAGGACGAUUGGAGGCAUAAGAGAGACCAGUGAUGUAUCAAAUUCUCAAACAAGCAGUCCUUCAACUUCUAGCUAUUCUGUUAGUCAUACAAAAGCCCCUUUCGGAAAUGCAGAUUCAGCAAGCCCUACCAGCACUUUAACAUCCUUAUGUGAAGAUGCCGAUUCUGGUAUUUUUUGGUUCUUUUUUUUUCAUUCAAAUUCAUGCUUUGCUGAUUUUGCAUUUGAGUUUGAUGGGAACUUGAAACUCUUGCAAUAUGAUUAUGAAGGUUGGUCAUCAAUUCCUGGAGAUAGACCUGGAGAUAUUAAAUAUGGCACUUGCUUGACUGAAUCUCAAAGAGCUCUUUAUUUUCCAUCUAGGGAACAAGGCUUGGAGCAACAUAUGCCUGCAUAUGCUGCUGCUGCAUCUUCUAAUGUUUCAAUGACUUCCUGUCACUCUAAUACUAUGAGCAUCAGCCUGCAACAAGAAAACAUGAUGGAAGGAAAGUUAUUAGCCGUUGAGAGUGUGUACAAGGAGUUUGGAAAUCCCCUAGAGUUUCCCAAUUGGCCUACGGAUCCGUUGUCAAAUUUUGAAUUGCCAUAUGAUACUAGGUCAUUUGAGCAAAAGACUCAUGAUUUUCAUUUACAGAAUGCUUUUGAGGAAUUUACCAGUCAUGAUGUUCUAAAUGAGCUGCCUGCGCACAAAACCCUUCAAAUGCAGCAUACCGAUGCUGAUAGUAACUCCGUCACAAAAACAUAUCCUGAGAAUGAUAUAUAUUUGAAUGGAAAUGACAACUAUGUGUUCUCUCUGAAAAAACCAUUACUUCAUGGAGAAGAAAGCUUAAAGAAAGUUGAUAGUUUUUCACGAUGGGCUACUAAAGAACUUGGAGAAGUAGAUGAUCUGCAGAUGCAGUCCUCGUCUGGUUUUGCCUGGAGCACUGUUGACUGUGGAAAUGUAUUGGAUGAUGCCUCUUUGAGCCCCUCUCUCUCCCAAGAGCAACUUUUUAGCAUAGUUGAUUUUUCACCUAAGUGGGCUUACAUAGACCUAGAAACUGAGGUGUUGAUUAUUGGAACAUUUUUGAAGAGUCAAGAGGAAGUGUCAAAAUAUAACUGGUCAUGUAUGUUUGGGGAAGUGGAGGUUCCAGCUGUGGUUAUUGCUGAUGGCAUUCUUUCUUCUCAUGCUCCACCUCAUAAUGUUGGACAAGUCCCAUUUUAUGUCACAUGUUCCAACAGGUUAGCUUGUAGUGAAGUCAGAGAGUUUGACUACCGAGCUGGGUUCACUAAAAACAUAAAUGUUUUUGAUAUCUAUGGCGUUGCUUCAAGAGAAACACUGUUACGAUUUGAGAUGCUACUUUCUCUGAAAUCUUUCGGUCCUCCGAAUCAUCAUUUUGAUAAUGUUAUGGAGAAACGGGAGUUAAUUACUAAACUCAUAUCAAUGAAAGAGGGAGAGGAAUGCCACCAGAUUAUAGACCGCUCAUCCAACCAAUAUUUGUCUGAAUAUAAAGAAAAGGAGUGCGUCCUUCAGAAAUUGAUGAAAGAGAAGUUGUACUCAUGGCUACUUCACAAAAUAACGGAAGAUGGUAAAGGGCCGAGUAUAUUGGACGAGAAGGGGCAAGGUGUGCUACACUUAGCAGCCGCACUUGGUUAUGAUUGGGCAAUAAACCCUACCGUUACUGCUGGAGUGAGCAUAAAUUUUCGUGAUGCGAAUGGAUGGACUGCACUUCACUGGGCUGCUUUUUGUGGCAGAGAGCAAACAGUUGCAGUACUAGUCUCCCUGGGAGCAGAUGCUGGAACACUUACGGAUCCAUCUCCAGAAUUUCCUUUGGGCAGAACUCCUGCUGACUUGGCUUCUGGUAAUGGAUACAAAGGAAUCUCGGGUUUCCUUGCGGAAUCUUCCUUGACCAGUCACCUUUCUUCUCUAACAAUGAAUGAUCGAAAGGAAGCUGUACAGACAGUUUCAGAUCGAAUAGCAACUUCUCUGAAUGAUAGUGAUGUGCAAGACAUGUCAUUGAAGGACUCAAUUACUGCUGUAUGUAAUGCCACACAAGCUGCUGAUCGUAUAUAUCAAAUGUUCAGGAUGCAAUCCUUCCAGUGGAAACAGUUGUGCAAGUCUGGUGAUGGUGUGUCUAAUGAACAUGCCAUUUCACUUCUAACGACUAAGGCAUGCAGGCCAUUGCAAAGUGAUGGGGUAGUUUAUGAUGCUGCAACACAAAUCCAGAAAAAGUUCCGUGGUUGGAAGAAAAGAAAAGAAUUCUUGUUAAUCCGGCAAAGAAUAGUCAAAAUUCAGGCCCAUGUUAGAGGACACCAGGUGCGGAAACAGUAUAGAACGAUCACCUGGUCGGUGGGAAUUCUGGAGAAAGUUAUUUUACGGUGGAGACGUAAAGGGAGUGGUUUGCGAGGAUUUCGACGGGAUGCAAUUAUCAAAGAACAUGCUCCACAGUGCAUGCCCCAUGAAGAGGACGAUUAUGAUUUUCUGAAGGAAGGAAGAAAACAAACUGAAGAAAGGCUGCAGAAGGCACUUACUAGGGUGAAGUCCAUGGCUCAGAAUCCAGAAGGACGAGGCCAAUAUCGUAGGCUGCUGACAUUGGUUCAAGGGAUUCAAGAAAACAAGGCUUGCAACAUGGUUCUGAACAGUACAGAAGAAGUGGCUGGUUGUGAUGAAGACCUUCUUGAUGUCGACUCUCUUUUGGCUGACGACACUUUCAUGUCUUUUGCAUUUGAAUAACCUACCGAAACGUCCAACCUUGUACAUAGACCGACAAGUCCAUUGCAGCAUUUUGGAAGGU